GUAUCCUGCUCUUCUAAAGAGGUUUUUAUACAGUGUAUUUUAUAUUCAUAAUUUUAUAUUUGGUUUUAGAACCUUGUCACUGUAGAACAAUUGGAAUUUUACGUUGCCAUAGUAGUCUAACAAACAGCCUCGUCUUACCAAGACCCUAUUCGUGUAAAUUUUCUCUGUAAAUAAAAUUGUGUUUCGUUUAAAAGGUGUUUCUGUGAUAGCGCGACCAUUACAUCUGGCGACCGUGAAUAUAAAUAAUAAAUAUGGAAGCGUGGAAGCGAAAACGGACUCAAUACAGAAGAGAGUUCACAAUACUCGCAGACAAGACGGCGAAGGCGGUCGAGAGCAAGGACCCUGCCUCACCGCAGAUUUUCGACCUCUUGUCCGAUGCGGCAUCGACAUUGUUCGAAGCAGAAGCCGCAUUGAGGGAUUUAUGGGUUGAGGAAAAAGAAUUUGAUGAGGAUCUGUAUCAAGCAGACCAGGAAAAGGCGAUGCAAUACAAGAUACGUUGGCAUCAAAUAAAAGCCCUCUUUCCAAAAACUCUUCCUCGCAUCAGUAGUGCGUCGUCGCUACAUUCAGCGCAAUCUACAGACCUGGAGCCAGGCAAUCAGCGAAGACUGCCUAAGCUAGAGCUAGUCAAGUUCGACGGGAACGUCAAGUCAUGGCUGUCAUUUUGGGGCCAAUUCAAGAAAAUACACGAAGAUACAGUCAUGGACAAUACAGAUAAGUACCAAUAUCUUCUACAAUCAAUGACUCCAAAUAGCAGCGCACGUCAGCUUGUCGAAAGCUACCCGCCGUGUGCGGAAAACUACAGUAAGGCAGUAGAAGCGUUAAAGGCUAGAUUUGCUAGAGAUGACAUUCUGAUAGAAACUUACGUAAGAGGUUUAGUAACACUGAUGCAACAAAGAGGAGAACCUAAACAAUUAUCUAAUUUGUACGAUAACCUGCAAACGCACCUACAGGCACUGGAGACAUUAGGCGUAACAAAAGACAAAUUCGCCUCAAUGCUAUUCCCUAUGAUAGAGUCGGCACUACCUGAAAGUGUACUUCGUGCGUGGCACCGCAGUCGAUCUGAAUCCAGGGACCUAGCCAACCUGAUGCAGUUCCUGAGACAAGAUGUGGAAUCAGAGGAAAGAAUCAAGCUAGCCAGAACCAAAAUAGAAGAAACUACCCUGGCAGAGCCAAAGCCACCCACCGCUUGUUUUGUGCAGUUGACAGAAGCCAAUAAGCGUAAGAAGGAAGCUUCCGACAGACAAGGCGAGACAUCUACGUCAUGCAUAUGGUGUAGCAAGGACAACCACUCAGCCGUCGAGUGCUACAAACCGGCCAAAAUGACAGUGAGUGAUCGUAUCGAAUUAAUCAAAGAUAAGAAAGCCUGUUUAAUUUGCUUGAAAGGCAACCACAUUGCAAAGAAAUGCAAGUCUUUCCCAAAAUGUCUUUUCUGCAAAAAGCGUCAUUUUACAAUUAUGUGCGCAGACAUUCCAGCGGAGCAAAGCAGCAGCAAUAAUCAGUCGGAGACAUCCAACAACAUGGGGUGUUUACAAGAAUCGGCAAGUACAACUAUACUGCAAACCGUGAUGGUGAAACUUGUGCACGACAAGAAAGAGGUCUGUGUAAGAGCAUUUAUUGACAAUGGUUCACAAAGGUCCCACAUAAAGAAAGACCUAGUACAGAAGCUCGGCCUAAAACCUACCAGAAAAGAGGCAAUUACAAACUGUUUGUUCGGCGGGUACGUGACGAAAAAAGAAGUCUACGACGUGUUUGACAUAUGCGUCAAGAACGUAUAAAACAACUUUUCUAUGAAUUUAUCUGUUGUACAACAAUUAAAUAUUUGUAAUCUUUUACCUAAAAUAAGAUCUUCUGUAUUAUUAGAGCAACUACGUCAACAAAAUAUUAAUUUGAAUGACUCAAUGACCGAUUCUCCUGACAAGGUAGGUUUACUGAUUGGUGCUGACUAUUCCGGUUUAUUACUUACAGGCGACAUAGUACAAUUAAAGAAUAACUUGACUGCUAUAAAGACGCAAUUUGGGUGGACCAUUCAAGGUCCAAUAACAGGGGUUUACAGUUCCAUGACAAAUUCGAUGACGACCUUCCAUUGUUUAACAAAGGUUGAUCUUACAGAUUUGUGGUCUUUGGAGGCGAUAGGUAUCAACUAUCCCGCGGUACAAGCAACCAAGGUAGCGCGCGACGAAGAAGUCCUCAGAUCUUUCGAAGAAAACAUUACGAUCAACGAAGAAGGCCGUUACGAGGGACGAGUACAUAAGUUCACUCAUACAAAAGCGUGAGCGGAAUGGACCUGUACAACUUCAGCCUGGAGACGUCGUCUUAGUGGAGACUGAAGACAAGCGUGUGUCAUGGCCACUGGCCAUAAUUCAAGAGGUUUACCCUGGUGCUGAUGGCGUUAGUAGAGUGGUUCGAGUUAGAGCUGCAGCCGGAACAAAGGUAAGACCUGUUCAACGCAUUUUUCCACUGGAGUU